UGUAACACGGCCAAAACAAGACAGCUAGCCCAAGCUGUCUUUGCUGCCAGCGACCAUGGAGCGAGCUGUCACUGGCACUGCAGGUAGCAGUGGUGGCGACGACGAGCUCGUGUUGCCUCCGGCGGCGUCUGAGGACGCGCUCGGCCUCAGGCUCCCGUCGUCUCGCUCCUACUCCUCCUCCGGCGGCGGCGCCGGCGGAGCAGCGGGACGGCGGCUGGCGGCGUCGCUGGAGCAGGAGCUGCUAUACCGCGCGGAGCUGCAUCAGCAGCAGGUCGCGUCGGUUGGCGGCGGCGGCGGCGUGGACCGGCGGAAGCGGCGCGCGAUGAAGAACCGCGAGUCGGCGGAGCGGUCGCGCGCGCGGAAGCAGGCGUACCUGCAGGAGCUGGAGCAGGAGGUCCGCCUCCUCCGCGCCGAGAACGCCACGCUGCGCGACCAGUGCGACGAGCUGAAGGCCCUCGCGGAGAAGGCGGAGACGGAGGCGCCGGCGCCGGCGCCGACGAAGCCGACGUGCAGAGGACGUCAUUCGCGACGUUCUGAUCAGCCAGUAAAUUUGUGAUAUUUGAUUAGUCAGCAAGGUUAGUGGUAAUUACUCCAGUAUGUACUAGACUAGCUGGCGGCUUAAUUUAGCUGAGCUGAGGUGAGAGUGACCGUGUGCCUGCCUGCUUGCCUCUACAAAGAUGGCUUUCUCAAAUACCCCACAUUUUGGUGAACACAGGCUGCUGCUACAGGGAAGAAUUUUUUUUUAAGCAUAUGGGUUAUAUCACUCCACCAACAUGCAA